UUUGCUUACAUUCCCUCAGCACUUUCAUGAUAUUCAUCACUUUCCUGGUUGUCGACAAAACGUACCACUACCAGCUUUCAGAAGAACGAUCGGUCUUUCAGCCACAGCGAAGAAGGUGGAACUCGAGUAAAGAGAUUACGCACCAAACCCAAAUCAGCUCAUCAUGUGUACGGGGAAAUGUGCUAAAUGCACCGCAGACCUUCUCCUUCCAUUCGGCCUCAUAGCCAUAAUUGGAAACAUCUUGCUGUUUUUCCCCAACGGUGAGGUGUGGAGGACAGAGGAGAUCACAGAAAUCAUCUGGUUCUUUCCCGGGGUCAUCGGUGGAGGCCUGCUGGUGUUUUUGCCCGCUGUGGUGAUAAGGGCGGCUGGGGUCGAGGGCAGCUGCUGUGCAAACAGAUGUGGGAUGCUGCUGGCCAUGCUGAUGUCAGUGCUGGGAGCUGCUGGAUCAGUGUACUGUAUGAUCAUCAGUGUGAUCGGCCUGCAGGACGGGCCUCUGUGUGACACAGGAGACGGCGUCUUCAUCUACCCCUUCAUCAACACCACCGCAGAAGAGAGUUACCUGUUCAACCAGACGUGGUGGCGUGUGUGUGAGAGGCCGAGGAACGUGGCGCUGUGGAACGUGGUUCUGUUCUCGGUUCUGCUGAGCGUGGGGACGCUGGAGGCUCUGCUGCUAUUAGCGCAGGUGGUCAACGGGCUGAUCGGCUGCCUCUGUGGGACCUGCAUGAACAAGAACCAGCAGACACAGAUGGCCUGAAGACCGAACACACACACUCCAGCACGAGGAUCUGCACAGCGAAGAACAGCACUGGAACAUCCACACACACCUACAGGAGCGUACACACACCUUCAGCAACAUCCACACACACACGUCAAAGAGGAAACCCUUUCUCUGCUGUAACUGAAGCCUGUUUCUAUGAUGAUGAUUAGUCCUCAAAGGGACUCAGGGCAUGUUUUAAGGUAAAGACAGUAGUAGAAUACUCGACUGUGUGAAAACUCUCAGUGUUGUAAUGUUCUCUGUGGUGCAGCUUACACACCAUGUGUGAACAGAGCAGGGCAGAACUCUGUAUUAGCUUGAUAAAUCCUGCAUUCAGUGUUAUUUUCUCUUUUAGAGUAAAGUAUUAAAUCACUAAGAUAGUUUUGGUUCUGUAUCAAGGGUGUUUAAGCUGCAAUAUUCAUAAUAAAACCUGCUUUGGGGGGUCACUUCUCAUUAUU